AGAAGGCGCUGUGUUUCACUUAAAUACAGAACGUAGUUCACUCAUAUAACUGAGGCAAAAAAAUGGAACACACAGCCAAACAGCCCCUUCUGGAACACCAACAACCCGGGCCUCCCGUCCUCGAUCACUCUUCCGUCGUUGAAGGCGCGGACAUUUCUCCUAUCACAAGCCCCGCUCAAUUCUGCAAGGAGUUCAUAGCGGAGUCGAAAAGGCUGUGGUAUUUAGCUGGCCCGGCCAUCUUCACCUCCGUCUGCCAGUACUCGCUGGGCGCCAUCACCCAAACCUUCGCCGGCCACGUCGGCACGCUCGACCUCGCCGCCUUCUCCGUGGAGAACUCCGUCAUCGCCGGAUUAUCCUUCGGCGUCAUGAUGGGGAUGGGGAGCGCGCUGGAGACGCUGUGCGGGCAGGCCUAUGGCGCGGGGAAGAUCGAGAUGCUGGGGGUUUAUAUGCAGAGAUCGCUGGUGAUUCUGCUGUCGACGGCGUUCCUCCUCAUGUUUCUCUACAUCUUCGCGACGCCGUUCCUGCUGGCGAUCGGGCAGAAGGAGGAGAUAUCGGUGGCGGCGGGGAGACUUGCGGUGUGGAUGAUCCCACAGCUGUACGCCUACGCGAUGGUGUUCCCGAUGGCCAAGUUUUUGCAGGCGCAGAGCAAGAUCAUGGCGAUGGCGUGGAUCGCGGCGGCGGCGCUUGUGCUGCACGUGGCGUUCAGCUGGCUGGUGAUGCUGAGGCUCGGGUGGGGGAUGGCGGGCGGUGCGCUGCUGCUGAACGCGUCUUGGUGGUUCAUUGUGGUGGGGCAGAUGGUCUACAUAAUGAGCGGCACGUGCGGAAGGGCGUGGACGGGUUUCUCAUUAGGGGCUUUUCAUAACCUGUGGAGCUUCGUCAAAUUGUCUGUCGCUUCAGCCAUCAUGCUCUGCUUGGAAACAUGGUAUUUCAUGGCGUUGGUGCUGUUUGCCGGAUACUUGAAGAAUGCAGAAAUUUCCGUGGAUGCCCUCUCCAUAUGCAUGAACAUAUUGGGGUGGGCAGUCAUGGUAGCUUUCGGAUUCAAUGUAGCAAUAAGUGUAAGAGUGUCUAAUGAACUGGGGGCUGCGCAUCCAAGAAUGGCCAAGUUUUCUGUUGUAGUGGUGGUGGUUUCAGCCUUCUUCGUUGGCCUCCUGUUUGCCAUGAUCCUUCUUGUGUUCCAAUAUCAAUAUCCUUCACUAUUCUCAAACAGUGAAGAAGUCAAACAAAUUGUGUACCAGUUAACACCAUUGCUUUCAUUCUGCAUUUUGGCCAACAACGUUCAACCCGCUAUUUCAGGUGUGGCUAUUGGAGCUGGAUGGCAAUCGUUGGUUGCAUACGUUAAUAUUGGAUGCUACUACAUAUUCGGGAUACCAUUGGGUCUAAUACUAGGGUUCGCACUUAACAAGGGCGUUGAGGGAAUAUGGAUGGGAAUGGUGACCGGAACAAUUGUGCAAACGCUGGCUCUCUUUUUCAUUUGUUACCGAACUAAUUGGGAGAAAGAGGCUUCUGCAGCAGCUGAAAGAAUCAAUACGUGGGGAGGAGCUAAAACUAUCGACGUUGAGAGAUAAAGAUCCCAUGAAUUGUUCAUUUACCAUUCAGUAUGGUUUCGUUUGGAUUGAUUCAUUCUAAUUAAUACUCCUAGAUCUGUUAUGCGAUUCUACAA